CCAUGCAUUUUGUGAAUUACAACGUAGUUGUUUCCUUUUCCUUCUUGACCUUUAAAGUCUGGCAGGUGAAGGACGUGUUGAUAUUAGGACCUGAUACGAUACGAGCAGCAGCCAAUAGCAGAAUUACAGCAGGCCUCAGGGAGGGAAGUUAAUAAGCAACUGAUUGUUGAGUUCGUUAGCAGAUAACAAAUUCAUUCACACUCUCACACACACACGCACGCACAAAGAGAGAGAGAGAGAGACAGAAAGAGAGAGAGAGAGUGAGAUAUACACCCACCUUUUAUAAGUCUACAGUCUGACUUUCUUGUGAAAGACGUCCAGUGUCCAGCUAACCAAACUGUGGCUAGUCAGUCAUGAAGAAGCUGGGCUUGCUGCUGCUUGGAGCGAUGCUCUGUCUGUGUGUGUCCGUUGGAGCGGAUGCACAACUUGACCUGCAGGGAAACACCAUGAUACCAGAGAAGGAAGGCAUUUUACAACUUGGAAAGGGAAACUUUAAAAGGGCUCUGAGAAAACACAAGCAGCUGUUGGUGCACUUCUACACUCCGCUGACAUCAGAAGGUCAUCGUGUUGAAGCUGCAUUCAAAGCUGCUGCUGCAGAGCUUCAGGGGUCAGAGGUCAAGCUGGCAGUCAUUGAUGUGACAAAGGAAAAAGAAUUGGCAAAAAAGCUCCAUGUGAGCGGACAGCCCAGCAUCAGACUCUACCUCUCUGGAGAUGUAACCAACCCGGCUCUCUGCCCAGUUCCUCAGAGUUCAGCUUCCAUCUUGACUUGGCUACAAAGAAGGGCGGGGACAUCUGCUGAUCUCAUGACAGAUCUGAGCCAAUUAGAGGCCACAGACGAUCUAAUAGUGGUUGGUUUCUUCAAGGAGCUGAACCAUGAGUACGUUCAGGUGUUUUAUGCUGCAGCCAUCGACCUCCCUGACAUCCGCUUUGCUGUGACGCAGGAUGAUGAAGUCAUCAGCAAAUAUACUGUGACUCAAGAUGUUGUUCUGCUGCUCAAAAAAUCUCAGCUCAUUCAGACGUACACAAUGAAGCCAGAUACACCGAAAGAGGAGCUGGUUGUUUUCAUCUCUGUCUACCAGAUGGAUCCAGUUACUGAAUAUGACGGCCAGACAGCCUCACAGAUCCUCGGUUCUCCUGUGUUGAACCAUGCUUUGCUCUUUGUCAACAAAAGCUCUGAGGACUUUAGAGAGAUUUUCUCUGCUUUCUACAAUGCUGCAGAGGCAUUUAGGCUGAAGAUCCUAUUCGUCUUGGUGAAUGUGGAUGAACAUCGUAACGGCAGACUCAUGGAGUACUUCCGGGUUCGGCACUUUGACGCUCCUCACAUCCGACUGGUAAAUCUGACAGAUCAAAUAACCUACCAAAUGCUGUCUGAGACUUUGGACGUUGGGAGCAUAAAAAAGUUCUGCCAGUCCUACCUUGAAGGCAAGGCUAAGCCCAAGUUGAUGAGUGAGCCUAUCCCUGAAAGAUGGGAUCAGAAACCCGUUAAGGAGCUGGUAGGAAUGACUCUGGAGAAAGUAGCCUUCAACCCCAACAAGACUGUUUUUGUCUUGUUUUAUCUGUCAUACAGUGAAAUGUCCCGUGCCAUGUUUCCACUGUGGGAGGAGCUGGCUGAAGUCGUCAAGGAUUGGGAGGAUGUGGUCAUAGCUCAAAUCGACGCCUCAGCCAAUGAUAUCAACAUGUCAAUGCAGGGUUCCUAUCCAUCCCUCUGCCUGUUUCCGGCUCUGUACGCUGAGAGGGUGGUGGUUUAUUCUGGGCCAAGGAACAUAAAAGAUUUGGUUAGGUUUAUGGAUAAAGAGAUGAAAAAGGCCAAAAGAGACAGAGUUAAGGAGGACGAAGACAGGAGGGAGUACAUAGAGACUCUCAAGACAGAGGAAGCAAAGAAAAAGAAAUCCAAAGAUGAGCUUUGAUACCGUAACUCAAAAUAUGUCUGUAUGUGCUAUGUAUGUGUCAAAUAAUUUUUAUAUAUGAUUACAUUUUCUUUAUUAACAUCUAAAUCAAGCUUAGAAAUAAUUAAAUAAAAAAUGAAUUGCAAAUCA